AUGGCAUCCGCACACAGCACCAUCCUGGUCCUGCUCUCCCUGUGGAUGACUCUGCAGACAGGUCUUGGGUUUCCGCUAGCAGACGGGCCAGAUGCCGAUGGAGAUGAUGACGAUGCCCCAAAGGUCCGCAGCAAGCGCUGCUCCUGCACCAACCAGCUGGACUCAGAGUGCCACUACUUCUGCCAUCUGGACAUCAUCUGGGUGAACACGCCAAGUAAAACCACAGUUUACGGGUUGGGCAGCGCUCUGACUCGGCGGCGGCGGAGGUCUGCGGGACGCUGUGCUUGUGCCAACCCUGCCGAUCACACUUGCAGCCGUUUCUGCUUCUACAGCUCAGAGAAUCCUGCCAUUGUAUUGGUGAAACCAUGGCAAUCAGAACAGGAGGCCGAAACAAGCAUGCUGACUGUCCAGCGAUCUCCUCAGGCCUCUGGACCAGAGCAACUGGCCCCACAAGAGCCCUUCAAUGGAGCACGCUCAGAAGCGCUGACCCUUAUCAGGAAGCUCUUUGGUGACAGUAGCCUGGUCAUGGAGGAGGCAUCCCAUCCCAGAAAGAGAGCCCCCUGGGCCCUAAAGCCUGCCUACACAUAAACAGCAGCAUGAGGGACACAGAGAGGUGAACGCGAGCUCAAGAACAAACGAAACAGAGCACACCCUCCAGUGGGCGCCAUAACAUGGGGCCACUGAGCUGCAGAACAAAAAGAGGUGUCCCGAAACGGCCGUAGAGAUGGUCUGGAGUCUGGACCACAAGCACCGUCCUGCUGUCCUGGCUCGUUCAGACAAGAUGGCCGCCGGCGAGGGGAUACGGGACACAUCCAAGGACCGGCAUCGAGGCGGAGGUGCACUGCAGAGAACGUGCGCCAACACAGUGCACGACACGACGCGGUCAGACUUGCAGUUUAGGGAGCAGUAAUGUGUGUGUGUGUGUGUGUGUGUGUGUAGGUGGGUGGGUGUGUGUGUUGGUAUGUGUGUGUGCACAUACAGUAAAGGCAUGAUGUGUGUGUGUGAUCACUGUUAGUUCAUCAUGAGUUGAGCUAUAAUGGGCCAGCCCCUUUAGAGCCAUGGGGAACCAUCUCAGUGACGCACGCUCUGGUUUAGAAAAAGUGGGAUGGGACACUGGUAUGUUUCCAUGUUGUCCAGAGGGAGUGUUUUUAUUGUUGCGCUCAACAACACUAUCUCAGUCGUCUUUACAGGCCCCUCUUCUCUGGAAGCUCUAGAAAUGAGAGCAAAGGUUAUGAUAACAUUACUUAAUUGCAAGAGAUAAAUUUGCACACGAAAAUGCACUGAGAGAACAUGAUGAAGGCAAACAUUUGGGUGUAUGUGUACAGUAUGUGUGUGUGUGUGUGUGUGUGUGUGUGUGUGUGCAUGGGAGUAUGUGUGUGUGUGUGUGUGUGUGUGUGUGUGUAUUUAUGCGAGAAGGUAUGCACAGGAUGAAGUGUUUGUGUUUGUGUGUUUGUUUGUUCUCAGUACAAACAAGCCUUCACACUCUUUUACCUGUUCAUACCUUUCUCAUCCAUCAGCAUGGUGUGUUUUAGCUCCAUGUUUAGCCUGCCUUAUAACGAAAUGAAAACAUGUCUGGUGGGAACACCCACAGCUUGCUUCAUGUACUGCUCAGCUACCAUCGCUCUGAUAUGUUUGUUAUGGCAACAUGUUACAAAGAAAAGGUACUUGCCAAAAACUGCUGGAAUGCAUCACACGUUGGUUGAAUAGAGAUGGGAACUUGUUUAUUGUUCUAGUUAGUCAUGUCUAAUGGUCCUUUAGGUGAACUGGAGGAACCGGGAGUAGGUAGGAUAAGGGGUAGAACCUCCAGAGAAGUCAUGUGGAAGACUGUAGGCUACAUGAUCUAAGUUAUUUUAUCAGAUAUACCAGAACCUCCUCAAAAUAUUGUAGCUUGGUUGCUAUUUAGGGGACCACGGUGGCACUUUGCAUAAUCUUAUUCUUCAGUAAUCAUCAUUACUGUAGAUAUUAUUUACAUGUAGAAUUUAUUUAUGUAGAAAUAAUAAAUUAUUUAUUUUGUUUAUACUCAUGUUAUAUCACUUUGUAUUCCACAAUAUAUUCCAUCUGGUUUGAAAGACAUACACAGACAAAGAUAAAUCA